AAUGCUCACGACUCAUCACAGCGCUCUAAGAAACAAGCAAUUAUGAGAUAAGAGAGAAAGCUGGUAUCUUUCUUCCGUCAACCGUCAUUUUCAAUCAUCAGGAGACUUGUUAUCAUGAACUACACAAAGUUUACAUAAUUACUUCUCCCCCACUCUCUUUAUACUGCUCCCCCACCUUGCAUACAGACCGUUAGACCGUUAGAAACCCUUAUGACCAGAUGAGAAAAGAUGUACAAAUAGAGAGACUUUUACGCGACGAGCUUCCCCCCACCAGGUAAUAGAAGAUUAUCCACCAUUCUCUAACACCAGCUAUCUAUCAUUCCAACAAGCAGUUGAGCUCAUUCGCAAUGGAGGACAAGACCGCUCCUGCCGUUCAUAGCCUCGAGCCGGUAGGCUCUCACUCAUCAUUCGACAAGAAGGAGGUUCAUGUCGAGCUCGAAACCACUCAGAAACAGGGAGAGGCAACGUUCUAUGAGACCAUCUCUGCUUCUCCUCUUAAUCCGUGGUCGAAAACUAGUUUCCAGCUCUAUGGGAUCUUACUUGUGGCUGCAUUGAAUGCCACUGCUUCUGGCUUUGAUGGGUCUAUCUUCAGUUCUAUCAAUGCCAUGUCACAGUACUCUGAGUACUUCCAUCACGAAGAACUGGGCAGCUCCACUGGAAUCAUAUUCAUGAUCUAUACUAUCGGUAAUAUGAUCGGUUCCCUUUUCACAGGACCUAUCUGUGACCACUUUGGCAGACGGGCAGGUAUGGGUUCAGGCGCUAUCAUCAUUAUGGCGGCCGCCAUCAUCCUCACUGCUGCAAAGAAUGAUUCUUAUUUGCUCGGUGGUCGAUUCUUGCUGGGAUUUGGUAUCUCUAUCGGUACUAGCUCAGCACCUACUUAUGCCCUUGAGCUUGCUCCCCCUCAAUGGAGGGCUCGAAUCGUUGGCUUCUAUAACACUUUCUUCUACGCUGGUUCCAUUCUCUCCACUGGUGUGGCUUACGCUUCCAACAAAUCUAGCGGCGAGCUAGCUUUCCGUCUUCCCCUUGGCCUUCAGCUAAUCCCUCCAACAUGUAUCCUUGCGGGUCUCGCUUUCGUCCCCGAGUCACCACGUUGGCUCACUGCUAGAGGCAAAACAGACCAGGCGGCGGAGAUCUUAGCGAAAUAUCAUGGAGGCGGUGAUAUCAAUCAUCCUGUAGUCCAGAUGGAAUUGAGAGAGUUUGAAGAGGGUAUUCAAGUAAAAAAAGCACAAUCUUGGUGGAACUAUUAUGAUCUUGUCGAUACUCAUAACCAGCGAUGGAGGUUUCUUAUGAUGGCGUGCAUGUCCUUCUUCGCACAGCUCUCCGGUAACUCUGUCCUUACGUACUACCUCCCCUCAAUGUACACCAAACUCGGCAUCACAUCCACCGACCGUCGUCUCCUCCUGACGUUCGCCAACUCGAUUGUUUCUUGUACCGGCGCCGUUUUUGGCUCGGCCACCAACGACAUGAUUGGCCGCCGUACUAAGCUUUGGGUGGGAUCCAUCGUACUUGCCUGCUUGUUUGCUGCUGUGACAGGCUUUUCGAGCCAGUUCGAGGGCGGAGCCGAUAAUGUGGAUGCGCCCAUGAGCAAUGCUGGUGUGGCGUUUAUCUUCUUGUUUGGAUGUGCCUAUAGCUUUGUGUACACUCCCCUGACAGCCACAUACUGUGCAGAGGUGUUGGCUAACCAUACCAGAGCAAAGGGAAUGGGAGUGCAUGUGAUCAUGAGCAAUUGUGCCAAUCUGUACAACACUUAUGUUACAGCUAUCGCUCUUGAAGCAAUUGGAUGGAAGUAUUACCUGGUCUUUGUGGCGCUUAACUUAGUAUAUGCGGCCGUUUGGUUCAUCUUGGGUGUCGAAACUCGUGGUCGAACACUCGAGGAACUCAAUUCGGUCUUUGAUGCCAAGUGGCCUCCAAAAGAGGCGCUGAAAAAGGCCACUCUGGUGAAGGCGGAGGGUCGUCUAGAACAGCUUUGAGUGGGCAAAACUGUUCGUAGGCAGAAUGUUUGAUCGUGUACUGGAGAACAUGGCGGUGUACAAAGUUGUUUUGCUAUAGAGCUGGCGGGUCCUCAGGGUACUGGCAAUUGUAUACGAAUCAUAAUAAAGGGGCUACUGUACGAGUCUU